UAUAUCAGCCACAUCCCUCACGUUGUUUAAGCAAAAACCAAACCCAAACUCAGUGUUGCUUAUUCAUUCCCAUUCCCUACCUUCAUACACACACAAUCACUCUGCCCAAACCAGUAUUCAAUUCGACUAAGCUACCUCCAAUUCCCAAAAAAGAAAAUGGAUCCUAACCCUCUUGUUUCAAAAAUCGCCAUAAUAGGAGCUGGAGUUAGCGGCUUAGCCGCAGCCAAACAGCUAGCCCACCAUAACCCUGUUGUUUUUGAGGCUUCCGAUUCCAUCGGAGGGGUCUGGAAGCAUUGUUCUUAUAAUUCUACAAAACUUCAAUCUGCUCGUUGGGAUUACGAGUUCUCCGAUUUCCCUUGGCCUGACAGAAACAAUCCCACCUUUCCUUCUCACCUUGAGAUAUUGGACUACUUGCACUCUUAUGCUAACCACUUUGAUGUCCUCAAAUAUGUAAGGUUCAAUUCCAAAGUGGUACAGCUCCGGUAUAUCGGUGACAAGGAAAUAGUUGAUGUGGCUGGAGAACCUGGUCACUACGGCACUCUCUUGCCGGGUCAGACCGUCUGGGAAAUUGCCGUGCAGACCAACGGUUCCGACACCAUUCAGUGGUAUUCAUUCGAGUUUGUCGUAAUUUGCAUUGGAAAAUAUGGUGAUGUGCCUCAAAUUCCAUCUUUUCCACGCAAUAAAAGUCCUGAAAUAUUUGACGGCAAGGUUAUGCAUUGUAUUGAUUAUUGCAAACUUGACAAAGAUGCUGCUACUGAAUUGCUCAAGGAUAAGAAAGUCGCUGUCAUUGGCUGUAAGAAAUCGGCUAUUGAUCUUGCUUUAGAGUGUGCCGAGGCAAACCAAGGACCUGAAGGAAAACCAUGCACCAUGGUAGUGAGGACUCCACACUGGACGGUUCCCCAUUAUUGGGUUUGGGGUUUGCCAUUUUUCUUGUUCUAUUCCACCAGGGCUUCUCAGUUCCCCCAUGAAAGACCUAACCAGAGCUUCCUCAGGACCAUCCUUUGCUUCCUUUUAUCCCCAGUGAGGCAUGCGGUUUCCAAGUUCAUUGAAACAUAUUUGCUGUGGAAACAGCCAUUGGAGAAGUAUGGACUAAAACCAGACCACCCAUUUGAGGAAGACUAUGCUUCUUGUCAGAUGGCUAUCAUGCCAGACAAUUUCUUCCCUGAGGCAGAUAAACGGAAGAUUGUGUUUAAAAGAGCAUCAAAAUGGUGGUUCUGGCAAAGAGGAAUUGAAUUCGAUGACAAAACCAAGAUAGAAGCUGAUAUUGUAGUCUUUGCAACUGGUUAUGAUGGCAAGAAGAAGAUUAAAGCCAUCUUACCAGAACCCUUUUGCAGCUUGAUGGAGUUUCCAUCUGGAAUCAUGCCCUUAUACAGGGGAACCAUCCAUCCUUUGAUCCCAAACAUGAGUUUUGUGGGUUAUCUUGAGAGCGUUGCAAAUCUUCAUACAGCUGAAGUGCGUUCCAUAUGGCUGGCUCGGUUAGUGGACGACAAAUUUAAGCUUCCAAGUGUGCAGGAUAUGCUUGACCAAACAAUGAAGGAUCUUGAAGUUAGUAAGAGAGCCACUAGGUUCUACAAGAGGCAUUGCAUUUCCACUUACAGUAUCAACCAUAGCGAUGAAAUUUGUGAGGAAAUGGGUUGGAACGCUUGGAGGAAAAAGAGCUGGUUAUCAGAAGCAUUUAGCCCUUAUGGAAGCCAAGACUAUAGGAAGGAAAAGUGAUUAAUCAAACACUUCUCAACUGUUAAUUUCUAUUUAGAGAAUUAUGCUUUCAUAUCAUAUUACCAAGUAAGAAAUAAGGAAUUUUACCAAAAAAGUAAGAAAUAAGGAAAGAUUACAUGCAUAUAUGUAACAAGGUGACGUAUUAGUAUUCCGAUCCCCAUGUCUUUGAAUGGACUCUUUUUU